UUUUCAUUUGUUCAGGCCUCUUUCCGGUCUUUCUCCUCUUUCAAUCGAUGCUUUCCACCCUAAUAUGAUGAUGAUGACUGGUGGUGGAACAAAAAUUUCGACGGGUGCAAAUUCUCAUCACCACCAUCAAGGUGGUGCAUUAGGAAGUAGUUUUAAGCCGUCAAACUUCGCGCCGCUGAUGAAUGGAGGUUCUGGAACUUCUGCAGCGAUGAUGAAACCUAUGCCUGUUCAACAAAUGUUACCACCUUCAAAUGCGACGGUGCUGAGUCACCAAAGUACAAAACAAUCAAACCAUAAAUCUAGACAAAGCACUGAAGGGGAAUAUCAGUUAAUAAAAAAUGAAGUGCUUUCUUCUUCUUAUGGAAACCAAUACGAAGUUCUUGAAUUUCUUGGUAAGGGCACUUUUGGCCAAGUAGUGAAAGCAUGGAAGAAAGGCACAAAUGAGAUUGUUGCUAUAAAAAUCCUUAAAAAGCACCCAAGUUAUGCACGACAAGGACAAAUUGAAGUUUCAAUUCUUUCACGUCUAAGCAAUGAAAAUGCUGAAGAAUUCAAUUUUGUCCGUGCUUAUGAAUGCUUUCAACACAAAAAUCAUACGUGUUUGGUCUUUGAAAUGCUUGAACAAAACCUUUAUGAUUUCCUUAAACAAAAUAAAUUUACUCCGCUUCCACUUUCAAGUAUUCGGCCUAUUGUGCAGCAAGUGCUUACUGCAUUGUUAAAGCUUAAGCAACUUGAACUUAUACAUGCUGAUUUAAAGCCAGAAAAUAUUAUGCUUGUUGAUCCUGCAAAUCAACCGUUUCGUGUCAAGGUUAUAGAUUUUGGCUCUGCAUCCCAUAGAAGCAAAGCUGUUACAAACACAUAUUUGCAAUCGCGUUAUUACCGUGCACCCGAAAUCAUUCUUGGUCUUGCCUUCCGUGAGGCUAUCGAUAUGUGGUCUUUGGGGUGUGUAAUUGCUGAACUUUUCCUUGGUUGGCCCCUUUAUCCCGGCUCUUCAGAAUAUGAUCAAAUGCGUUUUAUUGUUCAAACACAAGGAUUGCCUCCUGCACAAAUGCUUGCUGACGCAGCAAAAACCCAUCGUUUCUUUAAAAUUAUAAAAGACAUGGCUUCUUAUUGGAGACUCAAGACGGUUGAUGAAUUUGAAAUGGAAGUGAGUACAAAAAGCAAGGAGACACGUCGUUAUAUUUUUAAUUGUCUUGAUGAUAUUGCUCAGGUACAUUUACCUCGUGAUUUGGACGAAAUUGAUUCAAUGGUUGAACGUUGCGAUCGUCAGGAAUUUGUUGAUAUUCUUAAGCUUAUGUUGAGUAUGGAUCAGGAACGACGCUUAACACCUCAAGGAGGAUUGCAGCACAAAUUUAUAAAAAUGACUCAUUUAAUUGAAUGGGGUCGAACAAAUUACUAUCAGGUUUUUUUGAAAUUCGAUUUUUUAUUAUUUCAUUUAAAGGUCGCUGCUCAACACAUGGAAGUUUGUUAUCGUAGUCCAUCAGUUCGAACUUCAUCUUCAAACUAUUCAUUACGCUCCGCUAAUACUGGAGCUGGCCCAAUUACUUCAAUUGCUUCUGCGGCCACACAAUCUCAACAGCCUCAAAAUUUGAUCGCCGCUCCUUUGCUAGCAGCGGCUAAUGCACUUUCGAGUGGUGGUGUUGGGAUGUCACACAAUUCUCAACAUCGUUCAGCUGCAACUGGAACUUCAAUUGGUCAAGCUAAUGCACAAAUUGGAGUGGGGGGAGGUGGUAGUAUCCAACAAGCUGGAACAAAUCCUUUAGCACUUCCUUCAGAAUUUUCCAAUUUAUUCCAUCAUUACCAAGCAUUAACAAAUGGACAACUUCCAGCCAAUCAGGCUGCUGCUGCCCCUUAUAUUUGCCAGCCUUUGAUGACUACUGUUCUUCCUUAUACUCGUCAACCACAACAAUUAAAUUCCUUAACUAACUUUGCUGCUGCCACUGCUACAGCUGCUCAACCACAAGCAGCUCUGAUUUCCCAGUUUGUUCCUAUCUCAUCGUUCGUUGAUCCAUUGUUGGCCGCAGCGGCUGUGGCUGCUUCUAAUGGUGGAGUUAAUGGAACUGUGAAUGUUUCUACUGCAGCUCAACACCACCCUCUCCACCAGUCAUCUUCAACCGUUGGCGGAGCUCAAAAUGUUGUUUCUGCUGCUCAACUGACUUCCAAUUGGGGAUGUUCGUCUAAUACGCAAAAUCCUGCAUUUGCUGUUGCUGCUAAUAAUCCUCUCUUUCCUUGGGCAGUAGCUGCAGCCGCUCAACAGGCUCUUCUGCCUCCACCUGCCCCUCAACAUAAUACAAACGGAAGCAGUGAUUCGUUUCUUUCACAUAACGCUGCUGCAGCGGCUGCUCAUGCUAGACAAUUGGCUGCAACUGCUGCAUUUCUCCAGCAAUUUCCACAUCUUUUCCAAGCCGCUUCUGCAAAUACAUUUCCACCACAGCAACAGACUGUAGCGCAUCAACAAAAUGCUGCGGCAGCUGCCGCGGCAAAGAACUAUUCACAUCAAUUGCAAAUAUUGGCUCAAGUUCAUCAGCAACAACAGGAAGAAUGGGCUGCUCAAGUUUUGAAUGGAAUUCAUCCAAAUUCAUCUGCAAUUAAUGUCCAGCAGCCGCAACAAAUUCAGCAAUCUGCGGCUUAUGCCAAAUUAAAAAAUGAUUCACUUCAGCAAUUAAUGCAACCAUCAGCGAAUGAUCAUUAUAUCGAUAGACAAAAUUUGGAAAAUGUGCAUCAACAACAUGAACAGGCACUUAAAAAUUCUGUUAACCAAUCAAACAUUAUGAAUUCUUCAUUUUCUUCCAAUAAUGGGGCUUUAGACUCAAGUACUACAUUACCAACAAGCGCCGCUUCAUCAUCUGCGAGAAAAGCAUCAAAUACCAGAUGUGCAAUUGUCCGUCCUCAGCCACAUGCACAACCGUCACAAAUAAUUCAGCAACAACAGUUCAAUCAAAACCAACGACAACAUCAGCAACAGGUUGCUAAUGCAACGGCUGCAUUUAUCCUCCAACAACAACAGCAACAAGCUGCUGAGCAUCUUCUCACUUCUGGCAAUCCCAAUGGUGGUAAUCCUUUCUUUUCUGUUGUUGAUGCUUCAGGAACAACGUCUGGUAUUGAACAAACAAUUGGAAAUAACAACAAUGGUUAUGCACCGUUUAUGUCUUCAAAUCGAUCAAAUGCUUCAACAACCGCGGCUUUAAAUGCAGCAAAUCCAGCAAUGUUGGCACAUAUGCUUGAUCUGACGUAUAUAAUUUGCAUAAAAAUUAAUUAA